AUGCAUAGUUUUGGAGUUUAUCAGUUUGGAAAUGGACAUCGGUAUGAAGGAGCAUGGCAUGAGGAAAGGAUGCAAGGGUUUGGCAUGUACACUUUCAGAACUGGGGAAGCACAAUCUGGUCAAUGGCAAAAUGGUGUUCUUGAUGUCCUCAACUCAGAGAAUGGCCUUCAUGGAUCUCUCUAUACAGUUAGCCAUUCCAAAGUUCUUUAUGUUGUCCAGGUAUUCAAUGAACCCACCAUUUACUUGAUGAGUUACAAGGUAUAUGCAUAUUUGGGUACAGAUGUCGUGUGGCUAUUAACCGUGCAGGAAGCGCAACGGGCUGCUGGAAAAGCAUAUGUUGUGGCAAGGCUAGAUGAAAGAGUGAAUAAAACUAUUGCAGCGGCUAAAAAGGUAGCCAAUGUAGUAAGAAUUAUCGUAGUAAAGGCUGUCCAGAGACAAAUGCCUCUUGACAACAGUGAUAAUGAACCAAAUCCCUAUGCUUGA